CCUCUCCACUCACCAUCACCGACAUGUCCGUCAACAGACCAACGACACCUCUGCGAAGAGUCUCACGCGGCUCCAUCUCUGCCCUCUCGCAGUCGCGUGGGGCAUCAUCGACACCUCUGUCCUUUUUGGAGGGAGCCCUGGGCAACCUCGCAGACGAGACGUCGAUCCUAUCGUCCAACCUCGAGGACCUCGCAUCCAUCCACGACGCGCUCAGCACCUUCAAUGAGGGAUUCGCCAUGUUCUUGUAUGGCCUCAAAGUGGCAGCUUACUGCAUCGAAUGGUCAGAAGCGCCCCAGGAAGACAACUUUGCCCGAGCUCAAGAGGCGCAGGGUUCAAUUGCCAAUCGAAUUGAAGCGGGUGGCCCAUCUUCAUAUGCUCCAGCAGCUCUUGCGGAUCAGACGUACAUGACAAUGGAUGACGAUGCGAGCUUCGAGGCUCGCGGCCCGGUCACCACGCCCAAGAAGGUGCUCUCGUCCAAGCCUGCAGCCACCAGGCCAGCGGGAGGAGCGUCUACGACAUCACGCCCCGCAGCUAAGGCGCCCACGCCCACAAUCUCUGGCUCAAGGUCAUCGUCUGGAACCGCAGCGACCAAGACUGCAGCAGCAAGCUCGACCGCAGCCGCCAAGCCCAAGAUUACCCUGGCUCAGAAGAAGAAGCGCGAGAAAUAUGCAGACGGUGUCAUUGAGACACUACCCCUCGAGUACCGCGGCGCAGACCCUACGCAGCGUCGCCUGGCCUCAGGAGUCGUCAUGGCGUUGCUAGCUGCCGGAACCUCUGGAGCCAGAAUCGCAGACAUCGUUCAACCGCCGGACAUGCCGCAGGCCAAGGUCAACAAAUGCCUCAUUGCGCUCGUGGCCGCCAAGCACGUCGUCAAGAAGUCGAACAAUGGCAUCGUCUAUUCUCUCGACCCGUCGCGUCACCCUACGUUGCCUUGAUUCACGCUCACCCCUCUAUGUACUUGUACGCCGGUCCCAAUCUACACUUGCUUCUCUGCUUUGGUGACUCUGAUUUGCAUUACACCUC